UGAAUGUGAAACCAAAAUAAAUAUUGUUUUGUGAUGAUAAAAAUAUGAUGUGAACUAUUUCGACUCGCAGCUAUUUUGUUGGAAUGUGUCAAUAUUUUUUUUUCUUAAUUUAAGGUAGGCUUAGUGAGUAGAAACUAUUUCGAAUUUUACAAUUUGGUAGUACUACUACGUUUGUAAUGGUUCUGUUCAUCAUGUUAAUUUGGCCUGGGUCAUAUACUGAUAUUACGCCUUUGCGUUUGAGUGAUAACUUAUAUGCGGACAUUGUUCGUGCAUUAGAUACAAAUUAAUACUUAAAUCUGUAAUACAUGGUAAUAGACUGAAAUGUGAACACUUUCGACUUUGAUAACAUUGUUUAAGAAAGUAACAUUCAUGUAAGAUUUAAUAUAGGGAAAGUAGUUUGAAUACAUACAUUAUAAUGUCUGGAAAAAGAAGACUAAGAAGCAGUGUUGAUUCAAAUAAAUCACCUAUAAAAAAACGAAAGAUAAGCUGUUUGCUUCACCAGACAGUUAAAAAUUAUUCAAGUUCAAGUGAAGUGAAAAUGGGUAAUAUUAAAAACACAAGACGUCAGUCUGUUAGAAAUCUCCAGUGUUCAGGUAUACAGACACCAAAAAACAAUGAAAAAAACACAAAUAAUGUUUCAGCUGAUAACUCAACUGCACAUUGCCAACAACAGCCUAGAAUUAGUAAAGGUAGUAAACAGAAGAAAGGAGAAUGUAUUGAAAGCACUUAUUCAGCUAAAUCAUUUCUAAGUAAUAUAUCUGAAAAAAACCCAACUAAUGAUGAAAUGCUACAUUCAGAAGCUAAACUGCCUUCAACUAGUCAAAUGAAGAUUAAGGUUGCAAAAAACCACAAUUUAAACAGCUUAUCUUCUCGUGAAUUGUUGUUGGCUCAGGAAUUUAAAAAUUUAGGAAACUUAGAAACUGGAGAUGUGAAUUCUAAAGAAAUAAGCAGUGAUACUGACAGUUCCACAAGUGAUAAUUUAUCUAAAUUUUCUACAGCAGCUAAUAAAGUGCUUAUAGAGAAGCAGGAUGAUUCAAGUAGUGAAUCUGAAUGGGAAGAAGUUGAAGAAGCACAAGAAGCAACGAAAGAACCAGUAAUUCCUAAAGAAGGAGUGGAAAUCAUCUUGGCAGCACCCAAAGUAUGGAAGAGAAGACAGCACAAAAAGAAAUUUGACAUGGCAGUGUUUGUUCAAAGACAAAUUAAUCGAUUCAAAAAAGAUGUUCAAGAGUCACUUCAUAAAGUUCAUCUACUGUGCUUACUUGCUCGUGGAAUGAUUGUAAACCGAAUUGUGAAUGGUACCCUCGUAGAAGCAGUGAUAUUCUCCAUUAUUCCUGAAGAGUUUCAUGAACUUAAAAGUUGUAAUUUUAACAUUGCUACUUUGCAAAAUAUGCUAAUAUGGUUUAGGGGCUACUUUUUAUAUUGUUUUCAACACCAAAAUGACUGUAACCAUGUUGAUUUUGAAAAUAUGAUAAUUGAAUGUUGUGAAACAAAGGUGAUCAAUUGUGUUUUGGAUUAUGUGUUACUUUUUGUUGCGGUAAGUAGAAUUGUUGGCUACAAGGUGCGGCUGUGUAGCUCUUUAUACCCAAUGCCAUUAAAACCUAGUGAUCUAUUAAGAAAACACAGCAGUAAAAAGAAACUGGAAAAAGAAAUGGUGUCUGAGGAAAGCAAUUGGCCUAAGCAAGAAAUUCAAUUGGAAAGAAAAGCAAAUAAAAAGAAAAUAAAUCAUUCUAAUAAGAAAUUAAAGAAUUGUAAAGAAACUAGUAUGCCCUGUACAAGCUACAACCCCGUUAUGAGUAAUGAAGUUCCCAAAUCUGAAAAAAAAGGAAAGGGCAAUAAAAAAAUUUCUAAGACCUCUCUAAGUAACAAUAGUAAUCUUGAUAUAAAUGCUGAUAAGAGUCAAGAAUCUAUAACUUCCAGUGUAAAGACUGAUCAAAAUCGUCAAAAUAAAAAAGAAGACAAAAACUGUGAAGUGUCAGAAAUGGCGAAGUGUAAAAAAUUAUCCAAAAAUGGGAAUACUGUUAAGAAAAAUAAAGGAAAAGAGCAUUGUAAAAUUGAUUCAUAUAAACUUAGAAAAAGAGCACGUGUUAAAAAAUCUUACAAAGAUACUAGCAGUGAUGAAGGAACAAAGCAAGAUUCUGAUAGUGAUUUUGACAACUGUGAGACUUUCAAAUCUCGGGUACAAAAGCCUUUUCUAUCAAAAAAAUCUCCAAUUCUUGUAUCAUCAGAUGAUAAUUAUCCUGGUAAACCAAAAAACUCUAAAACUUCAGCAUAUGAUAAUGCUAACACAGUGAAGAUAAAACAUUGGACUGAGGUAUUUUGUCCAGAUGAAAAUCGAUGGAUAAGUAUUGAUUGUGUAAAUAACAUUUUUGAUGAACCACACAUGAUUGAACAGUGUGUUGCAAAACCACUUAUGUAUAUUUUAACCUUUGAUAACAGUGGAAGGGUUAAAGAUGUAACCAAACGUUAUGCUUCAGACUGGAUGACGUCCACUCAGAAAGACCGUGUUGAUGGUAUAUGGUGGGAAGAAACUCUAAGGCCUUUCAAACCAUUACCUGAUGAGACAGAUAGAAAUGAAGAUUUGCAGAUGGAAGUGAUGUUAAUGGAAAAGCCAUUACCUACAACCAUUGCAGACUUUAAAAGCCAUCCUCUUUAUGCUUUAAAAAGGCAUCUCUUAAAAUUUGAAGCAAUCUAUCCACCAGAUGCACCACCAUUGGGCUACGUUCGAGGAGAACCUGUUUAUGCAAGGGAAUGUGUUCAUACUUUACAUUCUCGUGAAACGUGGAUGAAAGAAGCUCGUGUGGUGAGAAUAGGUGAGCAGCCUUAUAAAAUUGUUAAGGGCCGACCUAAAUGGGAUCGUUCUGUAGGUGAACUGAAAACAGACAUUCAACUUGAAGUCUUUGGUAAGUGGCAGACAGAAGAAUACAUUCCACCAAUUGCUCAUGAUGGGAAAGUUCCUCGAAAUGAGUAUGGUAAUAUUGAACUAUUUCAACCUUCCAUGUUGCCUAAGGGCACAAUUCACUUACAGUUGCCAGCUCUUAAUCGAAUUGCCAAAAAGCUUGGAAUUGACUGUGCUCCUGCACUUGUUGGAUUUGAUGGCCAUGGUGGAGGGGUUCAUCCAGUUUUUGAUGGCUGGGUAGUAUGUGAAGAAUAUUCAGAUACUCUACAGGCUGCUUGGGAGGAAGAGCAAGAAAAUGCUCGACAAAGAGCAGAAGAAAAGAGAGAGAAACGAGUUUAUGGGAAUUGGAAGAAGCUAAUAAAAGGUAUUUUGAUCAGGGAGAGGCUGCAAGCUAAAUAUAAUGUUGGUACAUCAAAAUAAAAAAAAAUCCUUAUAUUAACUACAAAUUUAUAUCCAGAGAUGAUAUUGCUGAAGUUCAGUUUGAGGUUAUUUUUUGAUGUUAAAAUUUUUACGGUACAUUUUUUUAGAAAUUAAAAAUAUUUUGCUUUUUAUUAUUGCAGGUCAUUGUUCCAAUAUAAUUUUAAUUUCUGAAAUAAAGGUAUAUUUCAUAGUUUUUGUGUGUACAGUUGUUAAAAGGUUGAUAAGGGGAUUGAUUUAUAUGGUGGACAUCAACUUCUUAGCCAUCACAAAAAAAUUGUUAUACAACAUCUGUGGAUUUGUAUUACAGCUUUUAUGCAUUUUGUUAAAAUUUUAUAUAUUUGGUUUAGAGUUUUCUAAUUAGUAAUUAUACAUAUAUAUACCUGUUGUUUUAAACAUCGAUAAGAUGUUUGUUAAAUGUUUUUUUAUGAUGUGUGUGUUUUCUGCUAGAGAGUGACAUAAGAACUGUAACUCAAAAAAAAACACAAGCUGUUAAUUUGUCAUAUUUGAGUCUUUGAUCAGGAAAUGAAGAACUGUACUUUUCAUGAGAGAGCUGAAUGUAAAAAGUCUCCGAGUAGGUACCACAAAGUUCUUUGAUUGAAAUAAAUCAUUAUCAAAAAUGUCCAAUUCAGACAUUGAUAUAAAUGAAUCAUAUCUUAUCA